AUGAAGAAGUGCCCAUCGGAGCUGGAGCUGGAGGCCUUCCUCCGCGGCCGGGAGGACGCCACGGCGGCGGCGGCGGGCGAGCAGAAGCCUGUGCACGACGUCGCUGCGCUGGCGCCUUUCGGUGCCGGUGGCGUGUUCCCCAGCGAUCUGUCCGCCUUCAGCUUCGCUGACUCGAACACUCUCAAUGGAAGCAUUCAUAAUCACCUAUGGUCGCAUAACCACAACGUGAGGCAUCCUGCAGUCUCCACAACAAUCGAGUCACAAUCGUCAAUCUGUGCAGCAGCAAGUCCAACAUCAGCUACCAACCUAUAUCUGAAAGAGAGCCAAACUUUGGGUGGCACAAGUGGUUCAGACUCUGAUAGUGAUUCGCUGUUGGAUAUCGAGGGUGGUCCAUGCGAACAAAGCACAAACCCACAGGACGUGAAGAGAAUGCGACGGAUGGUGUCGAACCGUGAGUCUGCUCGACGGUCAAGGAAGAGGAAGCAAGCCCACUUAGCUGAUCUUGAGACACAGGUUGACCAGCUGCGAGGCGAAAAUGCAUCGCUCUUUAAGCAGCUGACAGACGCCAACCAGCAAUUCACAACCGCAGUCACGGACAACAGGAUCCUGAAAUCAGAUGUGGAGGCCCUCAGAGUCAAGGUGAAGCUGGCGGAGGACAUGGUGGCCCGCGGCGCGCUGUCGUGCGGGCUGGGCAGCCUGGUUCUGUCGCCGGUGCUGAACCCGCGGCAGGCAUGCCGUGGCCCCGACGUACUGUCCGGCCUGGACUUCCCCGGCGACGACGCCUGCUUCACGGUGCUGUCCCCGACGGAGCAGCUCCAGAACUCGCCCCUGCAGAGCAUCGCCAGCCUCGAGAGCCUGGAGAACCGGAUGGCUAGCGAGGUGACGAGCUGCGGCGGCCCCGGCGUCGACGUCUGGCCGUGGGAUCACUCCAACGGCGGGCUGUCCAAGUGA